GUGAGCUCGCUCUAAACUUCCUUCCGCUGGUGUACAACCCGCUCUGAGACUGCUAGCGGACUCUUUUCUCGUUAUUGAUUAGCAGGGCAGUUCAUCUUAACGCUGCGGACUCGGGAGUGUGUUUGAUUGUUUUAUGGUCAUGUAAAUGAGAGGACUAUAUAUUAAUGUGUUUGUAUAAUUUAGUAGGUCUUAUUCGUAUUUAGUUCUGUUAAUAUUUAACAUGGUAGCUGUGAGAAGCUGUCAUGCUAGCCAAAUAUCUAAGGGUUGUCGCUAGCUAGCAGUUCAAGGCUAGGUAAGGUUGGACACCCAGUCAUAUCACAUCAAUAACACAACCUUGGUCAUUUAGUACAGACGCAUCAGCGCUUUUACUAGCACUGGUUAUCUAGCGGAAGUGUUUUCUGCCCGCUGGUUCGCUAGCUAGCAUCCUCGCUAAUAAUUGGAUUCUCCUGGAAAUGGAAAAUGUGAGGUGUGGGUUAAAUGGAGUGGUGUGAAUUCAGGAGUAGAGCUAUGAAGCAUAAGAUCUCACAGCCAAGCAUAGGUAGUCGCCCUCAUGUGCCCAUGGAGAAGGAGGCCUUCGAGGGAUGGCUGGAGUCGGUCUCCACCUCCUUCUUGGCACUGAAUGACCAGCAACGCAAUCAUCUGCUGGACCACCUGAUCUCUCUGAGUGGCGCAGUUCAACUCCGGCACCUUUCCAAUGGACUGGAGGCACUGCUGAAGCGUGACUUCCUGCGCCUCUUACCCCUGGAGCUGGCCUUCUACCUGCUGCGCUGGCUUGACCCUCAGACGCUGCUCACUUGCUGCUUGGUAUGCAAGCAAUGGAACAAAGUAGUCAACACCUGCACUGAAGUGUGGCAAGGUGUGUGUAGAGACCUGGGCUGGCGAAUCGACGACUCCAUCCAGGAUGCUGGCCACUGGAAACGCGUCUACCUUAAGGCCAAGCGUCGCAUGAAACAGCUGCAAGAGGAGGAUGCAUUUGAGACCAGCUCCUUGAUUGGGCACAGCGCUCGAGUGUAUGCCUUGUACUACAAGGAUGGCCUCCUCUGCACAGGUUCUGAUGACCUGUCAGCCAAACUGUGGGAUGUCCGCACUGGCCAGUGUAUCUACGGCAUCCAGACACACACCUGUGCUACUGUGAAGUUUGAUGAGCAAAAACUAGUGACGGGGUCAUUUGACAACACCAUUGCAUGCUGGGAAUGGAGUACAGGCGCCAAAAUCCAGCAGUUCCGUGGACACACUGGUGCAGUGUUCAGCGUAGACUACAAUGAUGAGUUGGACACACUGGUAAGCGGUUCUGCAGACUUUACUGUCAAAGUGUGGGCUCUGUCAGCCGGAGCAUGUCUCAACACCCUCACUGGGCACACGGAGUGGGUUACUAAGGUACUACUUCAGAAAAGCCAAGUUGAGUCCAUGAUGCACAGUCCUGGGGACUACAUCUUACUGAGUGCAGAUAAAUAUGAAAUCAAGGUGUGGCCUAUAGGGAGAGAGAUCAACUGUACGUGCUUAAAGACUCUGUCCGUGUCUGAGGAUCGCAGUGUCUGUCUGCAGCCCCGUCUACAGUUUGAUGGCCGCUACAUUGUCUGCAGUUCAGACCUUGGUGUCUACCAGUGGGACUUUGCCAGUUUUGAUGUGCUAAGAGUUAUCAAACCACAUCAAGACCCAGCCAGUCCCUCCCUUCUAAGCUUUGGUGAGGUAUUCGCUCUACUGUUUGACAACCACCACUUGUAUGUAAUGGACCUGAGGACUGAAGCCAUCACAGGCCGUUGGCCGCUGCCAGCCUACCGCAAAUCCAAAAGAGGCUCCAGUUUCCUUCCAGGAAUCACCUCAUGGCUCAAUGGCUUUGACGGCAAGAACGAUGCCGGCCUGGUGUUCGCCACCAGCAUGCCGGACCAUAGCAUUCAUCUGGUUCUGUGGAAGGAGAACGGCUGAAGAAGGAAGUGAGCAUGCGCCAACUUUAGUUGACACCAGGGACGCUAAACAAAAAAGACAAAAAAGGGUGCUUUUGAUUUCAAAAACCUGCAGCUUAGAUAUUGCAUGGACCAAAGUCUGUCUUUCUUCAUUUCCUCUUUUCAGUUUCUGCUGGUUGCUUUUAGCUUUUAGAAGAAACUGGCUCUUUCCUUUGGUCAAGUAAAAACCGUUCUUGCACAUUCUGACGUGUAUUUUGAAGUGCAGUAUGUGGAUACAAUAUGAAACCUUGAAGAAGGUGCUGGCUGGGUUGAACCUCUUUCUGAUUGCUACAGAAAAGUGAAAGCAACUGUGAAUCAAGUACUUGACUGAACAGUAACGUUCUGCCACAGCUCAAUCAUCCAAAUUCAUGAAAACAUGAAAUUUAUAUAAAAAUAAAUUGUCAUUUGGGUUUUGUUUUUUUUUAACCCAAAGUAUUUAGUUGGUCUAAAUUUGUGAUCAGAAUACAGGAUAAUGAAGAUUGCCUUAAUUUCUUGAUUUCCUUUCAGGAUUUUUGCAGAUAGCCACACCCAUGCGCUCUGGCAUGUCACGUGUGGUGUACACUUUGUUGUGUGAUAAACUGUAGACUGUAUGGUUGGUUUGUAUGACAGUCAUUAGGUUUUUACUAAUAUUGACCCUUCAACUUUCACUUGAAAUUAGUCAUGUGCCUUUUUCCUUUAACACUUAAAUGCCUGCAGGUAUGUUAUGAAAGAUCUUGAAAUUCAUUAGUACAAUCCUUAUUGGAACAAAUUCCAGAAUGAAAGGUAUAUUUAUUUUUUACAGUUUCGUUAUUUUUAACCCAGUAUAAUCAACACCACAGUAUGUACUCUUACCGUUCUGCAGAGGCUAAUUCACUUAAAAAUGCUUCAUGUGAAUCUCGGUGAAUGUUAAUUUUUUAAGCUUCAUUUUUAAAGACUAAUCAACUUCAUUAGAAGGUUAAUGUUAUUUUCAGCACAAUCCUUUAGUUCUACAGGACGCAUAGAUGUACAGAAAAAUCUCACUUUUUUAACUUGCAUCAAAGUACAUGGACAAACUUUAACCUAAAACAUUUGUCUUUUGGUAGCUGUUCAAUAGUCAGGCUUGAUGGUUGGUUUCAGUAGUGCGAGUCUUCUUAUAACAUCAGGGGAAGCCUUUUUGCUUUUAGGGCAUUACCAGUGGAACCUGGGCUAUACCCUCCACAUUGCAUGGUUUAUCACAACACUUCUUUAAGACAUAGACCUCACUGUAACAUUCACUCAUGCCACUGUAGACCAUAAUGCCAUCAGUUCACAAUGAGCAAUUUCUGGUAUGUUGGUUGUAUAUAACAUGCUGUCUUUUGAAUAAAUGAAAAUGGCUAAGAAAAGAUGGUUCUGUGUUUUUUUUUUUUUUUCUGUUUUUUCUUUCUUUCUCUUUUUCUUUUCUCUCUCUCUCUUUGUGCAAAGAGUACUGAAUAUGCAGUAAGUAAAAUAGGAGUAUUUUCCAUCUUACUUCAGGGCUUUGUUCUGUGUUUUAUAUGCAGAAUUUCCUUUAAUGUGCCAGCAUUAUCUGUGUCCCAAAUUACACAUUUAUGAACCACUUAUACUUUACACAACAGUGUAGUGCCUUCACACUGAAAAUGCAAACAAAUUAAAGUAACAGAAGUGUGAAGCAAUGGACACUUUGUCACUGAUGUGUCCCAUCAUCCCAUCUGUCUCAAAAUUGUAACCGUUACUGAACACAAGAUGAAAGAUGUUAGUUAAUCAGUUGGUAUUGAAUCUGACACAUUUUAUGCAUAUAUUGUGAAACAAAGGCACACACGGGCAGGGUUUGAAAUGGCAUAUUAUUUAUUCUAUCUUGCAUACUCUUUCUUAUAAUAGGAUAAAAAAAAGUUCAUUGUUGCACUACACAGUCAUGAGACUUACUUGUCAGUGAAAUUCACGCAAUUGUUUUUGUACAGAGGGUACACUUUGUCAUGUAAAAUGUGUUGUAUCAUUUGGUGAUUUAAAGUCAAAAAUGAGUCACUGAGGCAGUACUGAAACACUUAUAAACCAUCAAAAAAUGCUUUAGCUUUAAUUUUGUAUCAACUAUCAUAGCCAGUUAAGAAUUCAAGAGAUUUUGAGGGAAAAUGUUAAUUACCAAAAACCAUUCAAUUUUCAGAUCUUUGUAACUUCCAGAGAGAAAGAGAGAGAGAAAAGAAAAGAGGCCGGCAAGAGAACAACUGUUUAUACUGUAGCUGCUUGUAACAUACGUGUAACUUGCUUCAUGGAAGUGUUACAACAUUAGAUGUAAUUAAAAACAGAUCAAAUGUAUAUGUUGUUAUUUUAAU